AUGACUGCACCUCCAACAGCCGACCAGGCUCUUUCCACCCCGAUACACCAGGUCUCGUCCCUGGAGAAACUGGAUGUGUUCCCAGGACUGCUCUCGAUCGUGGGAACCGUGUUGUACACGGCGGCGACAGCUCCGUUCCGUGGAGAGUCGGGAGCCUACACAUAUGGACAACAUAUCGGCUUCGCGGCCAUUCGGAAGAUGGUGCAACGGCUCAGUACCCUUCAGCUCCAAUACAUCGGCGCUCCUUUCUCCAAAGUCUAUGAGAAGUGGUGCAAAGACACCGGCAUGCAACCCAACUUCGUGACGCUGAAAUCAGGAGUCAAAGCGUUCUGGGUCGGCGAUCCGCAGACGGCCAAAUACAUCUGCGUCUACUAUCAUGGCGGCGGCUUUUCGCUCGACGGUGACGACACUCACCUGAAAUUCUGGCAUGGCGUCCAAAACGAUGCCAAAGCUAGCGACAUCACCAUCGCGUUUUUGUUCCUCGAAUACACACUUGUGCCGCAUGCGACCUAUCCAAAGAUAAUGUACGAAGCCGUAGAGGCAGUCAAGUACGUGAUGGAAGACAUGAAGCGGCCAGCCUCUCAAAUCAUCCUCGCCGGUGAUUCUGCCGGCGGCAACAUGUGCCUGGGAGUUCUCUCCCAGAUAAUGCAUCCUUCGCCUGACUUCCCGGAACUCAAACUGGGUGAAGGAGAGAAGCUCAAGGGCAUCGUGGCCGUCGCACCUUGGGUUAGUUUCCGUUUAGACUGGCCGAGCGAGGUCAAGAACCGGUACAAGGAUCUUGUUUCCCAGUACGCAGGGGGCAAGUGGUCCAAGGACUACCUCGCCGGGCAGCCGACAACGCCAUACGCGGAGCCGCUUACUGCGCCGGCUGAAUGGUGGAAAGACGCAAAGGUCGAACAAAUCCUGGCCGUUUCCGGCGCCAACGAAAUCUUGCUCGACAGCAUUAGCGAAUGGGUGGAGAAGUACAAGUCUGUAAAUCCCGACAACCUCACAUACGUGAUCGGAAGCAACGAAGCACAUAUUGCACCCAUCAUCCACUUGCGUUUCAACGACACUGCCGAGACAGAGCAAGGAAAAGCCAUCAAAUCGUGGAUCAAAGCAAAGUUGUGA